UUGUAUAUUAUGUGGUUAAUACACUGUCUUGUGUUUAAGUCUAUCCUCAAAAAAGUCUCAAACCAUGGACUAUCAAGUAUCUUUGCCACCAUCCACCACCACAUGUCUCUCCUUUAAGGUGCAACGCCGGCAGCCUGAGCUUGUCACUCCGGCUAAGCCAACGCCACGAGAGCUCAAACCUCUCUCCGACAUAGACGACCAGCAAGGACUGAGAUUUCAAAUUCCUGUUAUCUUUUUCUAUAGACCUAACCUUACUAGUAAUCUUGAUCCGGUUCAAGUGGUCAGGAGAGCUCUGGCUCAGACGCUGGUUUACUAUUACCCGUUCGCUGGUAGGCUCCGGGAAGGUCUUAACCGAAAACUUUCGGUGGACUGUACCGGAGAAGGCGUUUUGUUCAUUGAAGCAGACGCUGACGUUACGUUGGCUAAGUUGGAAGAAGCUGAUGCUCUUCUUCCCCCUUUCCCUUGCUUAGAAGAGCUUCUCUUUGACGUAGAAGGUUCCAGCGAGCUUCUUAACACUCCUUUGCUUCUCGUUCAGGUCACACGUCUCAAGUGUAGCGGAUUCAUCUUCGCCCUCCGUUUCAACCACACCAUGACUGAUGGAGCCGGUCUGUCCCUCUUUCUGAAAUCACUAUGCGAGUUGGCAUGUGGGUUACACGCGCCGUCGGUUCCACCAGUGUGGGAACGAGAGUCCCUGAUUGCGAGUGCAUCUGCGCGUGUGACACAUACGCACCGCGAGUAUGAUGAUAAAGUGGAACCUGAAGCAGUUGUUGUUGGAGACUUUUUAGUUAGUAGGUCUUUCUUUUUUGGUCCGGAGGAGAUUUCCGCUGUACGGGGACUCCUCCCGGCCGAUCUCCACAACACCACUUUUGAAGUGAUGACAUCGUUUUUGUGGCGUUGUCGGACGAUUGCACUGAGUCCUGACCCCAACACCGAGAUGCGAAUGACAUGCAUCGUCAAUUCUCGUUCCAAACUUAGCAACCCGCCCAUACCAUCCGGUUACUACGGUAACGUUUUUGCCAUCCCUGUGGCGAUAGCUACCGCAAAAGAUCUGAUGGAGAAACCGCUCGAGUUUCCUCUGAGGUUGAUACAAGAGGCAAAGAAGAGCGUGACAGAGGACUACAUACGGUCGAUGACGGCAUUAAUGGCAACUAGAGGGAGGCCUAUGUUUGUGGCAGCUGGAAACUAUAUAGUGUCGGAUUUGAGACAUUUUGAUUUAGGAAAAGUUGAUUUCGGGCCGUGGGGUAAACCUGUGUACGGUGGAACCGCUAAGGCCGGUAUCGCAGUGUUUCCAGGAGUGAGCUUCUACGUGCCAUUUAAGAAUAGAAAAGGUGUGAGCGGAACCGUUGUGGCAAUUAGCUUGCCGGUACAAGCGAUGGAGAAGUUCGUAAAAGAGCUUGAUGGUGUGUUACAUGUGACCUAACGGAUGUAGAAAACAUGCAUUACUAUCAUUAGAAGGUCUUCGCUCUUAAAGCUGAUCAGUAUUAUCAGUAAUGUAUUUAUUUGUAUGCCUUGCAUAAUAAAAUUGUCACAUCAUCUAGA